GUGGAGGUGAAUCUAGCGUCUCCUACCAGACGUCGUUUUGUUUACCAAUUGCAUCUUUGGCCGAAGUAUAUGUUGCCGAUGUUGUAAUUAAUUACGAUGUGAUUUUCUCGUGUGCGAUUAAAUACGUGAGGGAUUAUAUGAUUUGGAACUGCAUUUUAGGGAAUUAAACGGGCUAUUUUAUGACAGCACUCAAGAAUAGUAAUAACUUGUGGUGUGAAGUGUAGAUACUAUUCUGUGUUGCCGCUCAUAUUUAAAAUGAAUUCAGCUACGAAGGUUGGCGAGAUAUUUGCUGCAGCUGGUGCAGCAUUCAAUAAACUAGGUGAACUAACAAUGCAGCUUCACCCCACAGCUGAUUCUCCAGCUGGUAAAUGGACUGAUGAAGAAAUAGAAAUGCUUCGGCAGGCCGUCAAACACUUUGGUGAAGAACUUACGAAAAUAAGUGAGCACAUUAAGGGCAGAACUGUAUCUCAAAUCAAGACUACUCUUAAGAAGAAAGCAUUUGAAGAUGCAGGUCUCCCAGUCAGGACAAUUACCAAUGUGCAAACUCAGCAGGUUUCUCAGUCUGGAAUGAUGGGAAAAUCUGCUGAAGUGACGCUGAACAUGCUGAAUGCCCAUGAAUCAGAAGUAGAUGUUGAAGGGUUACCAGAAGAUGUGAAAUUGGAGUUUGAUGGGGCUACAGAAGAAGUAACCUCAUAAAACUCUACUUGUAUUGUGUAAACAUGUUUCACUGCAAUGAACGUUUGUGAUAUGCAGAAUAAUUCAUUUUCAUCCUGUAGAUAUGUUUUGUAACUUAAUGUACCUUGAGGAAGCAUUUGU